UUUCAUUGUGUUUUGCUACGGAUAUUCGUUGCAGUUUAUCAGAGUAGCGCAAAAAAUCAAAACCAAACGAAAGUGCGUCUGCAGACGCAUGGGAAAGGUUAAAAGAAAAGUGAAAACCCCAACCAAAGUGAAAGUCCCCUCAUCUCAUCGUGGUCAUCAUUAGAGUUACCUGUAGCUCGUGAUGGGAAGCUGCAGAUUGUGCUCCCGAGAUUCCCCCAAAAAUAAGCGUCUGGAUGACCGGCCUUUUCGCGAAAAGGUUCUGGACAUCAUCUGCAUGUGGAUCGAUGUCAAUGACCGCCACUUGUCGAAAGAUGUCUGCGAUCCGUGCUUCAACACAGUGGAGAAAUUUUACCUAUUCAAGCGCAAAUGUCGAUCGUUUCAAGCGGGUGCCAAGGAGCAGGAAGUGGAUCCCCCGGAACAAAACCCGCCGGUGCCAGAAUCUAUCCUGAACGGAGAGUUCCAGGUGAUCGCUGAAAAUCUCCAGGUGGCAAAGGAGAAUGGCUCGUCCGCCGAUGAGGCCAAUUCCGAGGACGAAUACUUCCGCAGCCUUCCUCCACUAAAGAAGAAAAAGAAAUAUCCAUACAAAAAAUCCUCCAAAGCUCCCGUCCUAGACGAGAACGGAGAGAGGGUCAUUAAACCACGUCCGUGGAGCCGGAAGUUCAAGGAAGCUGUGGACCUUCCUCCGCAGGAGUACCGGGAAUACGUGAUAUCCAAGACACUACCGAAAAAGCAAUCCGUCGUGUGUGAGCUUUGUGGACGGAGCAUCGAUUGUCGCCGGAUGGAUGGGCACCGGAAUCGGCACCUCGGGUUGGAACCGUAUGUGUGUGAUCUGUGUGGGGACAAGUUUAACUGCAAGUAUAAUCUCAAGACGCACCAUCGACGGAAUCAUGUCCAGGGUGAGGAAUGCACGUGUGCAGUUUGUGGGAAAGUUUUUGCCAGUCGGCCGUCGCUGCAGUCGCACACGAAGAGUGUUCACGGCGAGAGGAAGUUCGCUUGCACGAUGUGUCCGCUCAGGUUCAACAACAAGUCCACCUUGGCUUACCAUCUGAAGAUCCACAACCAGACGCGCGACUUCAAGUGUGCUUUGUGCGGCAAGGGUUUCUACUGCAAGUCGGUGUGGAACAUUCACAUGCGAACGCACAGUGGCGAGACACCCUAUCGGUGCAGCGUUUGCGAUGCGGCCUUCGUCCACCGGAAUAUGUACGUGGCACACAUGAAGAAGAACCAUCCGAACGAGCCGCUCAUGUAUCUGAGCGGGAAGAAAGGUUUUAAGGAGUCGCUGCUCAAGAAGGGCGUCGAUGGAAGCAUAGUGGCAAAGUAAGUUGACCAAAUUAUACAUUAUAUAUUGGAAAUGAUUUAACUUGACGAAAUGGAAAUGUGAUUUCAAUCAUGUAGGGCUUACGAUAUCAAUUGUGUUAUUACCUCCUAUAUUUCUUUCAAAUCUAAGCAUAUUAAUAAAUUGCUUUUUACUGUU